AUGGAUCAGACGGACAUGCAAACAGUGAGCGGUCCCUUUUGCGCUUUGACCUUUGCCCGGCCACGGCUACUAGCAUCUACUGAAGGGGUGUGCGAGGUGAUGGCAGAGCACUGGAGAAUGCACAGCGGCCACGCAGUGAUUGCAUCCAAAAGCGGGUUGGUUGCCUCCGUCUACGACGGGCAGGUGUCUCAGCGAUUGCUCGUUUUCUUCGAGGAGCUCAGCCAAGCGCUUGGACACCGUGGUGUUGUCGUCGCCGUGCUGCCGGGCUUCCUCGAGCUGAAGGAGGCAGUGAUGGAAGCCCUGGCACUCACGGCGGAAGCGAGGAGAAAGUGUCGCUUGAUUUGCCCAGAUGGCCCCCUCUUCCAGGAACCCGAGAUGGACUCGCCAGAGCAAAUUCUACAGAACUUUGGGCCGCCGCGCUCUUAUCGCUUGCAGAUCCUAGGAGCCCGAGCUCCUACUUUGUACAUGGCACAAGACACCACUAGUCUUGGACGCCCGGUGCUUGGUGUGCUUGCCACUUGCGAAAGAGGCGAAGUCGACGAGCCGCCACCUUUGGCAGCAGGGCUUAAGGUCACUUUACAAGGUCUUUCUGGGUGCCUGGGCACCAUGGCAGCAGGCCACAACUGGACAGUGGGCCAGCUGAAAGAUGCCUAUAGCUCUCGACGAGAGCUGAGGCUUCUUCCUAUGUCAGCGCCAGUGGAUUUGCCAGAUGAGCAACUGCUGUCAGAGCUUCUGAACGAGCCUUGCGCCACUCACCUGUCGCUGCGGUUGCUGCGGGUCUCUCCAGAGUGGGCAGACGCGGUUCGACAGCUGCGCGCAGAUCCCCGUCUUUGGAGGGAUUUGGAGGAGGACUUGAAAGCAGAUCGCGAUUUGACAUUGAUGGCAGUGGCGCAGGAGCCUUCCCUGUUGAGGGAGACUGCCUUCCUGUCCGAUGCGCAGAUUGUCCUGGCAGCUGCCGGGAAGGAACCCCUUGCCCUGCAAGCUGCAUCAUCUCAGCUUUGGCAUGACGACGACUUCGUUUGCGCCGCUGUUGCCUUAGAUGCCAGCGCAUUGCAACGUGCAAUGGCGCACCGGGAACUGGGAAUCACAUUAGCCCUGAGGGCUGUGGAACAGAACGGACUCGCAUUGGAGUUCCUUCCCCCUGAACUGCAUCUGAAAGAAAUCGUGGAGGCUGCCUUAGCCCAGGACCCAUGCGCCUUGCAAUUUGCACCAGAGGCCAUGAGAGAUGAUCCUCAUCUUCUGCAGUCAUUGCUGCGCCGCGAGGGUCGGGCUUUGCGCUUCGCUUCGAAGCGACUGCGCGGCGACAGGCACUUGGUCCUAUUGGCCAUUGCCUCUUGCCCUCGGGCUGUGCUUUGCGCCAGCGAAGAUUCUUGGCAAGGGAGACUAAACGUGUUGUUAGCUGCUAUGGAGCGUGAUCCGCAGCUGGCCUCGCAGCUGGCACACUAUGCCGCCAGGAUACCGUGA